AGCGAAGGUACAACUCAAGCAUACCUACCUUAAGGUAAGUACAAGUUUCGGUUAGACUUUAAGCACGACGACAAAUAACGUCGCCUCCGCUGAAACCUUCAUUAUCCACGUACUCAGCCACGUGCCGGUAAGCUUCAAUGAUUACUAUUUUGAGGGAGCUGAAAGCGGGGUUCUUCUCCUUGCAUUCUAGCGGAGCAUUUAUAGCGGUAUGACCUAUAGACAGGGGUAACAAAAGAUUGCAAUGAUACCAUACUUGACCUUUAUGCGGAUUUCAAACCUGAGACCGCAGCUUAUCGGUGGAGAAAAAGGUCCGUUGAACUGGGAAACAGGACAAUUAAUGUUUCUUAGACUCACGUUCUUUUCCUAGACUUGACCAUGGGCAUUAUCGUGCAAGAGGCAACACUAUGACAGAGCAUUUGGUACCUUGUGCUGCCAAUAUGGCAUCUUACAAUGCAGAAGAGAUUCGGGAGCGCGAGUACCCUCAACUUCAAGGCAGAAUUUACCUGGAUCAUGCAGGAACAACACUUUAUGCCAAAUCACUCAUUGAGACUCACUGCAGGGACCUGGUUGACAAUCUCUAUGGGAACCCCCACUCGGAUAACUCACCCUCAAAACUCUCGGGUCAGCUUGUCGAGGAUAUUCGAGACAAGGCUUUGCGGUUCUUUGGAGCCAGUUCCACGGAUUUUGACCUUGUCUUUGUCGCUAAUUCCACCGCUGGCAUGAAGUUGGUUGGUGAGUCCAUAGCCAGCUACUCGCAACGGACCCUGUCUUCUGCACCUUUAAACCCCCUGGGAAGUGGCGCAAACAAUGGUUUUGGCUUCCAAUAUUUCUAUCAUCAAGAUUCACAUACUAGCUUAGUGGGACUCCGUGAACUGGCUUUGUCUGGAAGCACCUGCUUGCGUAAUGACCAUGAUGUGACGCAAUGGAUUCGAAACUUUCAAGCAGAAAACUCUGGGGCUCAGGUCGGACCGAUUGUUCUGCCUGACGACAUCCGUGCAUUGAAAUGUCGCAGCCAGAUAUAUACCCUUUGGGAUGCAGCAGCAUUAGCCACCACCUCAUCAAUUGACCUUUCAAGUAGCGCCACAGCGCCUGACUUUACAGUCGUAUCAUUCUACAAGAUCUUCGGUUAUCCUGACCUAGGAGGUUUGAUUAUCCGCAAGGCUGCGACGCACAUGUUCCAAUACCGCAGGUACUUUGGAGGAGGCACGGUGGAUAUGGUGACCAACUACCCCUCAGCCCAAGACGCUCCAUGGUAUGCCAACAGAACCGGGCCGCCGCACGAAUAUCUAGAGGACGGAACGCUUCCUUUCCACAAUAUCUUUGCUCUCUCGCACGCGAUCGACAAGCACAUGGAGCUUUUCAAUAGCAUGCAUUGCAUUUCUUCCCACACCAGCAAUCUAAUCCAUGAAACAUAUCGCGCCCUAAGAAAUCUCAAGCAUGCAAACAGUACGCCGCUCUGCCAGAUCCUCUACAAUUCAAAUCUCGGACAUUUUGGCGAUUCUCGAACCCAGGGGCCAACAAUAGCAUUUUCCGUUCUUAGUCCAUCGGGUCGCCCUUAUGGAUAUGUUGAUGUGGAGCGUGCCGCAGAUCGGGCUGGAAUUUAUGUACGUAGCGGCAGUGUAUGUAAUCCAGGAGGAAUGGUGUAUCUGGGUUGGGAGCAGAUGGAGGAUAUGCAACGAGCGUGGAAUGCUGGCCACCGGUGCUCAAACCCUGUACAAGAAAUCGACGGUAUGCCGACGGGGAUUAUUCGGGUCAGCCUUGGCGCGAUGAGUACAAUAGCUGACGUGAAUGGUUUUGUAAAAUGGUUGAAGGAAACCUACUUGGACCAUUCCCUCGAUGUUGAGAUGGAUACUGGUUUGAACGUCCACAAAGUACACCAGAAAACAUUGCUGAUAAGACAGGCAAGCGCUACGAAGCAUCACUUCAUCGGUCCCUCCAACGCCAUAACCGGCAAAGUCAACCCUAUCAAAAAGGGAAAAGGUCAUGAUCAAAAUCAUGGGGAGAGAAAAUCAAAGUUCUUAGUAUCGAGGGUUCGAAGAGCAUGGCACUUUUGUCUUGGACCGUGA